UCAUUCCAAAUCCCAUGAUUUUUAAUCUAGGGUUUCUUUUACUAUUAUAAGCGAUCACUACCACUCCACACAAUUCUCGUCUUUCAAUCUCACUGUUUAACGCUGUCUUUGGCACCCCCCUCUUCCAAGUGAUUGAAAAAGAGAGAUCCAUAUACUUCUCAUCAUUAUCUUCAAUAAUGGCAGUCACUUUCUCAGAUAUCCACACAGAAUCCGGCCUCAAAUCCCUGGACGAGUAUCUUGCCGGAAAAUCUUAUAUCUCCGGAGAUCAGAUUUCCAAAGAUGACAUAAAAGUUUACGGUGCUGUUUUGGAGAAUCCUGGUGAUGCCUUCCCUAAUGCUAGCAAGUGGUAUGACUCUGUUUCUUCACAGCUUGCUUCAAGCUUCCCAGGAAAAGCCACCGGUGUAAGAGUUGGUGCCGCUGCCGCUGCUCCCGUUGAAGCUGCCCCUGCCAAGGAGGCUGCUGGUGGUGACGACGAUGACGACUUGGAUCUUUUUGGUGAUGAGACUGAAGAGGAAAAGAAGGCAGCAGAGGAGAGGGAGAAAGCUAAAAAGGGAUCCUCCAAGAAGAAAGAGAGUGGAAAAUCUUCUGUUCUCUUGGAUGUGAAGCCAUGGGAUGAUGAGACAGACAUGGUGGCGUUGGAGAAGGCAGUUAGGAGGAGUAUUGAGAUGCCCGGUCUCUUUUGGGGAGCAUCAAAAUUGGUUCCAGUUGGCUACGGAAUCAAGAAGCUCCAGAUCAUGCUUACCAUCGUCGAUGACCUUGUAUCAGUGGAUUCCCUCAUUGAGGAGCGUCUCACAGUCGAGCCUUGCAGCGAAUAUGUUCAGAGCUGUGAUAUUGUUGCCUUCAACAAAAUCUAAGACAACUUACAAUCUACUGGUUGUAGUGAAGCCAUCUUUGGCAUUAAGUUUUGCUGGCCAGUCAUUUCCCUUUUGUUUAAUAUCGUGUCCUUGUAAUCUUGUGCUUCUGCUCCCUAGAUCAGUGAGAUAUGAGAUGACGAUCACUUAAAAAAUCAAAUUCCUUCUACUGUGUUUGGAUGAAUGCCUCCAUAUGAACU